GAGACUAUAAGCAACGAAAGCAAGAAAAUGAGAUUAGCAUUGAUUUUGUGCACACUGAGCGCAGCGCUUUGCUUAGCCACUGGGCUGUCCGACGGCUCCAAUACGAAGACAGCUGGCGGCUAUCCGAAGAAGGUGACGACACUGAAGAAACGACCAACGAAGACGCCCAGCACCCCCCCGGCCUUGGCCACCACAGCCAGCGCUAACAAGCCGAGCAAGCCACGCGUCAAGAUUGCCACACGUGCCCCCUCCACAGCGACAGCGACAGCGACAAACCCCACAACAACGCCAUCGCUUGCAGAGACUUUUAAGAAUCUACCAGCCGACGAUCUGGAGUUCAUCAAGGAGCUGGACAAGCAGUUCAAGCUCCACGGCGAUAAGAUCAAGAUCAAGGUCGAGCGCGAGAAUGUGACGAGCAGCAAGAACAGCAAACGCACCAUCGAUGGCGAACUUGGCUAUGGCUAUGCGCAUCCCGGCUAUGAUUAUCCGGCGCCCAAAUUUAUGUUCUACCCGUACUCUCAACACGAUAUACCCGCCACAGAAGCACCCGCUCCAUAUGCCUCCUACGCACCCGCCGGCUUCGAGCACACGCAAGUUACGAGUGUAACGAUUGAACCCUCUUACUCCUACGAGCUAAAGCCACAGACCAGCUACGAAACGCAGCCGCUGGAAGAGCAGCCGGAGCAGCCACAAAUCGAUCUGCCGCAUACUCAUGAUGGCAGCGCUGAUAGUGCUGGCUACCAGGAGCCUGUCAUUGUCCUUCGCAUCCCGGGACCGGCAAAAUAUGCGGCACAUUUGCAAACGCUGCUGCAGCAAUAUCUGGAAAUCCGAGCUGCUCAGUAUCUGCGUCUGCUUCAGGAAGCCGAUCUGCGCAAACAGCAGCUACAUCAACAGCAUCAACAACAUCAGCAACACCAACAACAGCCGGUGGAAACCUAUGGUCCACCAGAAACGCACGAGCAGGCUCACUAUAAUCCGGAAGUUAGCUAUGCCCACCAGUUGGCGCCCACACCAGCACCCGUACAAUAUGCGGCCAUCGAUGAGGUCUAUCAGAGCUACAAGGGACGGCAUCACCAGCAACAGCAACAGCAGCAGCAGCAGCAGCAGCAGCAGCAACAAGCACAAUACGAGCAGCCGGAGGCCUACUAUAGUCCACCUACGGCCUAUCAACACCAGACGCAAUUCUACUACGCACAGCCGGCGGUGCAGCAAUCCGGCUAUGAGAAUGCCUAUCAGCCGCAACUCUAUCUGAUUGCCAUGGCUCCACAGCCACAGACACAGUAUGGUGAGCCACAGGAAGCGUCACAGCAGCAACCACCCAUCUAUGUGCCCGAGGCGGAGCAUGCAGAGGCCCCGGCACCGGAACAAGUUGCUGUCGAGAAUCCGCAUGCCCAACACGAAUUGCCCAUUACAGAGAACAAUCCCCGACCCACCCACACUAAGGUCAUCUUUGCGACACAGGGUGGUGGUGGCGCGGGCGUUGGUGGCGCAGACUAUGCAGCUAAUAUGUAUACCCUCCCCUCCAUUAGACCUUACGAACGACAUGCGCCCACCUCAGCGGCUGACCAUCAACAGCAUUAUCCACAACAACAGGGCGCGGAAAGCACAGAUGUGGCAGCGACAAGCGCAGCUGGACACGAUUACCAGGCACCUAGUGCACCGGCAGCCAAUACAGAUGAAGCCAGUGGUGAGACCGAUGCAGAUGCCGUAGCCAUCACGCCGCCCCCCUACAACUAUCAUGCACAUAGCUUGAAGAUGGCCCGCAUGCACCAGGGCCAGCCGGCCAAGCGUGAUGCAGUGGGGCCCGCGGAAACGGAGACUGGUGCAGAGCAGCGAUUGCAACAGAUACGGGAGUUUGUGCGCGAAAAACUUGGCGCCGAAAUGGGAUCCGCGGUGGAGUACAAGACGACGCAGCUGCUCGAGGGAUAA